UAAUGAAUCCUCUGCACCGUCGCUUGAUCGCAACCUGUUGGUUUGAGACGAUUUACUUAUGAAUUUAAAAGAUGGCUUCCGACUUAACGUUAUACUUAGACAACUAUCAACAGUUCCCCGUGAUGGACGAUGAGACAGGCUCCACGUCUAUCGACCGCGGAGGAGAAUGGGACAUUAGCCUCUUUGAUGAGCUGGACGACCUGGGGGAUGCAGAUGAGCUGUUUCAGGCCCUCCUGCACGCCGGCUGUGCCAGUGAGGUUCCUGCCCUGAACUUUGAUAUCGACAUACCGUUGUGGUAUGAUGUGGACAGCAACAGCACCUGCACAGAUGGUGAGGUGAGCGUGGACUCUCUGUCACCUGCCCACACUCUGAGCUCCGUCCCCUCUCCUGGCUCUGUGGAAGUCCCGUCCCCAUACUUCUUCCAAGACGAAGCCAUGUCUCCACAAUCGCAGCCCUCUCCUGUUUCAGUCUGCUCAGAGUCCAGCGGCCUCUCUGUGAGCUCUCCCCCUGCAAAGAAAGCUCCAAAGAGGAACGCCCAGAUCGCCCAAGCCAGACAAGCUCUUCCAAUCAAGAGGCCGAUUCCGAUUGGCCCGAAGGUUUCCAUCCAAUCGAAACCGCUGAUUGCAGCUGUGCCUCUGGCUCAUGCUGCAGCUCCCCUGCAGGCCAAGACGAUCAUCCUCCAGCCCCUGCAGACCGCUGUGCUGCCUCUGGUCAAACAAAUUCCGAUCAACAUCCAACCAGCGCCCCCUCCAGGACGGCCCAUCGUGCUGUCGCAGCCCAGCCAGGUGCUUCACAUCCAGGCACCACAGGCCAUAACCGGCAACGUGGUCGCCAUGCCGAUGUUCGGCCAGGACCGGCCCGUCCCCGUCGCCGCUCCGCCAGCGGUCUCCAUCACGCUGAGGGCCCCGUCCUCGGAUGACGACUCGAAGGUGGGCCAGAGGAAGCAGCGCAUGAUAAAGAACCGCGAGUCGGCAUCCAUGUCCCGGAAAAAGAAGAAGGACUACUUGCUCACGCUGGAGGCUCGUCUGAAUCUGGCGUUGUCUGAGAAUGAAACGCUCAAGAGCGAAAACGGGAACCUCAAGAUGCAGAUGGAGGGCCUGCAGUGUGAGAACACCAUGCUAAUGGUAACCGCCCCCAAGAGGAGAGCCGUGUGUCUCAUGGUGGUGUUGAUGUUCGUCAUGCUCAACUUUGGACCAAUGAGUCUGUUCCAGGGCGGCUCCAAGCUCGGCGUCAUCUCCAUGCAGCACGGCGGCAGACACCUGUUGGGGUUCUCCUCCGAGGCGGCGAUGGGCCCCGAGCCCCUCGCCGGCGGCCCCUCCGAGACGGCCGACAGCGCUGAGGAUAAGGCCCUGAUGGUGUUGAAGGAUCCCAUCUUCCUCGCACCACCCCCGUCCUGCCAGCCUCCUGUUAACACGACGAAGUGCUUAGAGUUAACCCAUGAGUUGAGGGGUUGGGUCCACCGUCAUGAAGUGCACCAGACCAAAUCCAGGCGCAUGAGUAACGGCAAUCACAAGCCCACCAGGACCAUUCUGAAAGCAGAGGAUACGGAGAGUGCCCAGAUUGUGACAGUUCAUUACACGCAAACAUCUGAGGAAAAGAAUCUCGGCAGUGAGCUGCAGGUGUACUACGCACCUCACCACACCUACAGUGACUUCUUUGAUGAGCUCAAUCGUCGCGGCGACACUUUCUAUGUCGUGUCUUUCCGCAGGGAUCAUCUUCUACUUCCUGCCACCAGCCACAACAAAGGAAGUCGACCCAAGAUGUCUGUGGUGUUGCCAGCCAUGAACAUAAACGACAGCGUCAUACGGGACAAAGACCACGAGGUGAUGAUGCAGAUCGACUGCGAAGUGACGGACACCAGGAUCCUCCACAUCCGCUCGUCCAGCAUCCCCCCGUUGCUCCGGGUCAACCGCACGCAGGCGUUUUACCAGCACUCCUCGACGGACGGCCAGGCCGCGCCUCCCGUCGGCGUGCUCAUGGGGUCUGCGUAAGAUGCCUCAACAUCACCGGUUAUUGUUUAGAACUCCUCGACAGGAUCCACGAAGACACACGGAGGAUGAGGUCUCCGUUGACAAUUGUAUUUGUGGUGCGCGUGAUGACGUACGGUUCAGAUCUGGUGAACUCCCGCUGACUUGAUUUAUAUUUUAAUGAAAUGCAAAGGUAGCUCAAAUCGUCCACACCAGUCGGCCGCGUUGUUAAUCCGGGCUGAUGUCUGCGACGGGGUCCGAGCAGACGCUCGCUCCUUGUGUGGCAACGACGACCCCCCCCCCCCCCCCGUCAACCCAGAUGCCCAACGUACGGGUCAUCGCUUAACGGCAGGGGGCUGGGCAUUGAACCCUCAGUCACCCCGUCAUCACACAAAUACUUUCGCCCCAUAGCAGCGGCCCUCAAGUCUGAGCUUUCCUUUUGGAGUUGUUAAUUCCGGGAGCAAACGGUUGUACACAGAUGAUGAUUGACCUCAGCGGGAAGGCAUCUGUGUUUGUACCGAGGCUACGAAGCGGGGGUCUCUUCUUACUCUGCUGGCCUCCUCUAAAUACAAAGAAUUGUGAAAAACGGUGAAACGGGAACAGAGGCCAGAUUAAAUAGACGCCGCAAUUCGAGGCAUUCAGUAAACUCAGGAAGUCAGGUGAUCUGUGCAAGUACUGUGUACUUUUUAAUUUUAGUUUAUUCAGCUUAACGAAAUGGCAUUGUAUAUAUAAAAUUAUAUAUGGUGGAUUGAAAGGAAACGUACCAUAAAUAUUGGAACGAUAGGGUAUUUUUUACUGGCUAGCCAUCCCGAGGUUUUAUUCCAAAAAUGUCAUCUGCAUCUACGCAUUGAAACCCGAUGUCUUCACCGUUGAGCUAAAAAGGGCAAUGUUGGACAUAUAACCACGAGUGAAAAGCAUAGUUUGAGUUCUCCGUCCACGAGAUAAGUUGCACUUUUAUUUUGUGCACUUGAACCUAUAUUGAUAUUGCAACCUACUAGAAAAUGUUUUCGUACUAAUUUGUUGUAAAGAUUUGCACUACAUGGGAAUUUAUAACAAAUGAUACUUGAUCAAAAUAUGUACUUCUUUGUGUAUGUUGAUAAAGUAACAUACUAUGCUUUCUUUUCGCUAUGUUUGUACAGAUGGAUAUGUUUUAGCUCAACAAAUGCCCAUAAACAUCUGCCCUCUUUCUUGAGCCAGGCCAUUGGUGUGUGUGUGUGUGUGUGUAAUUUUAUUUCUUCCUUUUUGGUUACCACAUUGUUUUUACUGCAUCCAAAAGAAAAAAGUACAAUAAAAAAAAAGUGAUGUUUUGGUUUUGUCGUAUUCUAUUCUGUGCAAAAAAACAAAAUAAACACUGGAUUUUACUAGAA